AUGGCAAAUCCUACUCCAUUUCCAUUUGGUUCUCACGCCUCCGUCUUCUUCAACUUCCUUCUCCUCUGUUUUCUCAUUCAUCAAUCUCAUUCCACAACUCCUCCUCUUGAUUCUUCUUCUUCUUCUUCUUCAUCUCUUCCCGGCCGUUACUUCAAGUCCCUGCCUUCAUCUCUCUAUCAGAACGAAUCGUCCGAGUAUACUGAGAUCACGGUACCUCUCCAAUUCGACAACGUCAACUCUUCCUGCUCUCUCCUCCUUCUACAACAAGAUUUUGGCAACACCUUCGGCUCUUCACCGGUCACAGCCCCCUACUCUCCACCAUCCGAAUGCCCUGCUCCAUGGUCGCAUGUCGUCCUCGAGCUACGCGCCUCCUGCCAGGGAGAACAGUACGACCGUAUUGCCGGCGUUUGGCUCGAUGGGAUCGAGAUUCUACGGACCAGCACCGCCGAGCCUACUGAUUCUGGAAUCUUUUGGAAGGUCAGGAAGGAUGUCACCAGAUACUCCUCUCUUCUCUCCCGCUCCAAUCUCACCCUCUCAGUCAUGCUCGAGAAUAUCGUCAACGACGUCUUCACCGGUGUCUACCACGUCAACAUCUCUCUGCUUUAUUACGGGAGGAGAUUGAAGUUCAUAUCUGGUGAACCUAGUGGUAGAAGUAGAAGUCAAACGGAGGUGCAAGAAAGCUUGAGGUUGGGGAUUGCAUCUCGAAAGCCUGCAGAUUUGAUAGUACCGAUAGCAAGCGAUGGCGAAGAUGGAUUCUGGUUUCGAAUUGAGAAUGAAUUGGAUGUUCACUCGAAAUGGAUCCAGAUUCCCCUGAAUACUUACAGAGCUGUUUUGGAGAUCUACGUUUCAUUUCAUGGAAAUGAUGAGUUCUGGUACUCGAACCCUCCCGACGAUUACAUCAAACUGAACAACUUGUCCACGGGUCGAGGUAAUGGAGCUUUCCGGGAGGUUUUUGCGACGAUCGAUGGUUUUCUUGUUGGGUCUCAGAUCCCUUUUCCUGUCAUAUUUACCGGAGGAAUCAAUCCCUUGUUCUGGGAACCGGUUGUGGCAAUUGGGGCUUUCAAUCUACCUUCGUAUGACAUCGAUUUAACCCCAUUUCUUGGCCUGCUUUUGGAUGGAAAAGAUCAUUCUUUCGGUCUCGGAGUUACGAAUGGCAUUUCAUUUUGGCUUGUGAAUGCAAAUUUGCACAUUUGGUUAGAUCCCAAGUUGUCUACUGUACAGGCGAAGACUGUUCUUUACAUGGUUCCUCCUCUGACAGUGAAACGAAAAACGAAAUUUCACGAACUUGAUGGAUCAUUCAAAGUAAAGGCAAAGAGAAAGAUACAAUUCUCCGGUUGGGUGAAUUCGACUGCUGGGAACUUCACCACUCACGUCUUUCACAAAUUCAAGUUGCAAAACUCCAUCAAGUUCAUGAGGAAUGGAACGUACAAGGAGGUCGAACAGACAAUUGAAUCUAAGACGCUUGUCCGGAUAAAUUUUCUAUGGCGAAUUUCAACUUCUCUCUUUCUAACACGCAAAAAUUAG